CAAAAUCAGAGAAGAAGGAGGAGCGCGAGAGGCUGAGUACGCGGUUUAUUAGCACAUAGCUAACGGAUGGCAGACAGCGAUGAUGAAUAUGAUCGCAGGAGGAGAGACAAAUUCAGACGGGAGAGGAGUGACUAUGAUCGUUCAAGAGAGAGAGAAGACAGACGAAGAGAUGACUGGAAUGACCGGGAGUGGGACAGGGGCAGGGAACGGCGUAGUCGUGGUGAAUAUCGGGAUUAUGAGAGAGGUCGUAGAGAGAGAUUCUCUCCACCCAGACAUGAAAUGAGUCCCCAGCAGAAACGCAUGAGGAGAGACUGGGAUGAUCAUGGAGGUGAGUCCUACCAUGGGGGAUACGACAUGGGAUACGGUGGUGGUGCAGGCCCCAGCUAUGGCCCACCACAACACUGGGGCCAUCCUGACUUGCACCUCAUGCAGCCUCAUCAUGGAAUUCCCAUCCAAGCACGGCUGGGCAACAUCCAUGACAUGGAUCUGGGUCCUCCCCCUCCCAUAAUGAAGAGCUUUAAGGAGUUCCUCCUUUCCCUGGACGAUUCUGUGGAGGAAACCGAGGCAGUCAAGCGCUAUAAUGAAUAUAAGGUUGACUUCCGCCGGCAGCAGAUGCAAGACUUCUUUUUGGCUCACAAAGAUGAAGAGUGGUUCAGGUCCAAGUACCACCCAGAUGAGGUGAACCGUCUUAAGGCUGAGGCCCACGGUGCCCUGCACAACCGUCUGAAUGUCUUCAUGUUCCUUAUUGAAAAUGGCUGGUUUAACAAUGUCUCACUGGACAUUGAACAUACUCAAACCAUCAUCAAGGCCCUGGAUGCAGCUGUAAUAAAGAUGGAAGGAGGGACGGAUCAUGAUCUUCGCAUAUUAGACUUACCAUUUGAGGAGGAAGAGGAAAGAGAGAAGUCUGCUGGUUUUCUGGGGGGAGGUGAACCUUCCAAGAGAGAAGAUCACAAAACCUUGGACAGUGAGCGCAAACCUCCAGCAGAGAAAGUCAAGCAGGAAAAGGAGGAGACCAAUUCGGUCAACACAGAGAAAGGUUCUGCCAUGACUGUAGAGGCGGAAAAUGUGAAAGAGAAGAUGGAGGGUGCGCAAGAAGAAAUACUGGAACCAAAAAAGCAGCUGAGGCGGAAGAGGAAGUGCAGUGGAGACAGUGAAGAUGAAGCUAGUGCCUCAGAGAGCGACUCGGACUCAGAUUCUGACUCCAACUGCUCUGACAAACCUGCAAAGAAGGAAGAGAUGGAAGAAAAGGAGGAGGACUGUGAAUCUAAAGAUGAAUUGAGUAAAGAGGCGAAACAAAAGGAGGAUCUGGAGGAGGACAAAAAAGAGGAGAGGAAACCCAAGGAUGAUGCCCCCAGACCAAGGCCCUUGCAUAGGACCUGCUCCCUCUUCAUGAGAAGCAUUGCACCCACUAUCUCUAAGGCUGAGAUUGUCGCUUUGUGUCGGCGAUAUCCUGGCUUCUUGCGUGUUUGCUUGUCUGACCCACACCCAGACCGCAGGUUUUUCAGACGUUGCUGGGUGACAUUUGAUCGUAGCGUCAACAUCAAGGAGGUCUGCUGGAGUCUUCAGAACAUAAGGCUGCGAGACUGUGAGCUGGCACCAGGGGUGAACAGGGACUUGGCCCGGAGGGUGCGCCUAGUUAAUGGUAUCACUCAGCACAAGCAAGUGGUCCGCAAUGACAUCAAGCUGGCUGCCAAGCUCAUCCACGCCUUGGACGAGAAAGGGGGGCUGUGGAUGCCCAAGCCUGAGGAAGAGGGGCAGAGCGCUGAGCUGCCAGCUCAGAACCCCAUCCUGAAGAAUAUCACUGAUUACCUGAUAGAGGAGGUGAGCGCCGAGGAGGAGGAACUCUUAGGCAGUGUAGGCGGAGUAGACUCUGAGGAGGCCACCAAGGAAGGAAACCCUACUGAGACCACUGUGGAGAGAGAUGACAAGCUAGUCAAGGUGUUGGAUCGUUUGCUUCUGUAUCUGCGCGUCGUCCAUUCCAUUGACUACUACAAUGCUUGUGAAUACCCAAGUGAGGAUGAAAUGCCCAAUCGAUGUGGCAUGAUCCAUGUGCGUGGACCAAUCCCUCCCAACCGCGUCACACAUGGAGAAGUGACACAGUGGCACAAAGUGAUUGAGGAGAAACUCAGCCCCUUGUUCAGUUUGAGAGAAGUCUUGUCAGAGGAAGAGGCAGGCAAGAUGGGCAGAAAAGAUCCUGACCAAGAGGUGGAGAAGUUUGUGUCGGCCAACACUCAGGAGCUGGGGAAAGAUAAGUGGCUCUGCCCACUCAGUGGCAAGAAAUUCAAGGGCCCAGAGUUUGUGCGCAAACACAUCUGGAACAAACAUGGGGAAAAAAUUGAGGAAGUAAAAAAGGAGGUCGCGUUCUUCAACAACUUUCUCAUGGAUGCCAAAAGACCGUCACUUCCAGAGAUGAAACUCCCUCCCCUACCAGGCCCAGGACAAGGUGGGCAAGACCUGUUCUCUAGGUUGCCCUCCCCUGGUAUGCCAUUUCCCUCCCAAGCUCCCCAAGGCCCGAUGGGCUUUGGCCAGCCUCGUCUGCCUGUGAUGGGCUACGGAGGGGGACCUCCUUACCCACCCAACCAGUACGGAGGAGGCCGGGGUAACUAUGACAACUUCCGGGGGCAAGGUGGCUACCUUGGGAAGCCACGCAACAACAGAAUGGUGCGGGGCGACCCACGCAACAUCAUUGAAUAUCGUGACCUGGACGCACCAGAUGACAUUGACUUCUUCUAGAGAAUUCACGAGGUCUUUCCAGUCGACAUGUAUUUCUCAGUUGUCAUGCUCAUAUUGUGUUGUCUUUAGUGGAGGAUCGGGUUUUGUUAAACAUCCAAUUUUGCAAUGAUUGUACUGUGCAGCUCGCAUCAAGUUUUACUUGUACUCUCAUGCUGUAAUCUAACUGCUCAAGAUAAAACUGGGUAUCACUAACAUUAAAUCAGGUUUCAUUUUC